CGGGGAUCUGCACUCCCACCGGACAUGCAUGUGGGAGAGAGAGCAGACAGGUGGCUGAACAAGGCAGCCCAGGAAUGCUGAGGGAAGAUGGCAGAGAGCUCCCUGUACACGCAGCGCCUAGAGGCCAUCGUGGGGCGGCGCAAGGUGCAGGAGCGGAUCCUCCGGGCGCGCCGGGAGCUGGAGGAGGAGAAACUCCGAGCCCAGCAGCUGAAGAGGAAGUCUCUGCGAGACCGGUGGCUGAUGGAGGGGUCGUGUCUGCCCCCCGAGAACGACCCCACCUCCCCGCUAUGGCAGACACAGUCCCGCAUCCAGGAGCUAGAGCAGGAUCUGUCCAGCCUCCAAUCUCAGAUGCAGCAGCUGGAUAACCCGGAGCAUCAUGGCAAGUCGCACGAGGCCUUGGAAGAUGCCAAGCGGCCAGCAGGGGGCACCUGUGAGGACUCCCUGGUUCUCCUUGGGUUUCCUUUGGGCUUCGAUUGCUUCCUUCUUGGGCUGCAAAAACAACCCCAGAUGAAGGAAAACUGA